UUCUUCUGUCAUUAACAUGUGGCGGGAAGUGUUUUUAAUCCAUAUCAUUAUAAAAUUGCAACUUUUGUGAACCAAAUGUUUUUUAUAAUAAUUAAAUGAGUUCAUUAAACUCGCUUUUAUCGUUGCUGUAACUCAUUUAAGCGAAUGCUUAACUUGCGGAUCUAACCUCAAAAUGAUUCGAAGUAUGGCAAAUAAGAUGAGUUUUUUUGUUCGAAACAACCCGACUCCUGUUGUUAAUGGAUAUUCGACCGUGAAAAAUAGCCCCCAUUUUGAUUUGGAAGGACAUCGCGUGGUGUGGGUCGACAUGGAGAUGACCGGCUUGGAUGUCGCAACUGAUAAGAUGAUGGAAGUUGCUUGCAUUAUAACGGAUUCCGAUUUGAAUAUUAUAGCAGAAGGGCCUGACCUUAUUAUUCACCACCCGCAAGAUAUUUUAGACAAUAUGAACGAAUGGUGCAAAACUCAUCAUUCAAAAAGUGGCUUAUCAGAGGCCUGUUUAAAGUCUAAAAUAAGCGUCCAAGAAGCGGAAGACAAAAUAAUGGAGUUUGUGUCUCAAUACGUAAUUGAGAAAAUUAGCCCCUUGGCCGGAAAUAGCGUUUAUAUGGACCGUCUCUUCUUAAGAAAAUAUAUGCCAAGAUUGCAUGAAUAUUUGCAUUAUAGGAUAAUUGAUGUUUCCACAAUCAAAGAAUUGUGCAGGAGGUGGAAUCCGGAUGUGUACAAGGAGGCCCCCAAAAAGACUUUUUCGCAUAGAGCCCUCUCAGAUAUCAAAGAAAGCAUAGAAGAAUUGAAAUAUUACAAAAGUAGUUUUUUCAAAGUAGCUGUUCAAAAUUGAUCUGAUUUUUCACUGCCGUUUGUAGAUAAUUACGAAAUAAAAUCACAUUUACAUAAA